AUGUCUCCACCAUUGCUGGGCAUAGGGGAGGAGGAGGGUAAAAGCAAUGUCACCUUGUUGGUUUCCUCAUCAACCACCAUGGAAAGUGUGUGCCUCAAAAGCUUAGAAUUAAAAGAACGCAACUACAUGGGAUUAUCUGAUUGUUCUUCUGUGGACAGCUCAGUUCCGUCCUUCUCAGAAGAGAGUAAAAGUAAUCUGAACCUGAAAGCCACUGAGCUUAGGCUGGGGCUUCCGGGAUCACAGUCUCCUGAAAGAGAUUCUGAUCUUUGCUUAAGAAGCUCAACUCAAUUUGAUGAAAAACCUUUGUUUCCUUUGCGUCCUUUGACUGAUGAUCACCAUUCUUCGACCAAGACUGCUGUUUUGGGAAACAAAAGAGGGUUUUCAGAUGCCAUGAAUGAAUUCUCAGAGGGGAAGUUCCUAGUUGAUUCUGAGGCCAAUCCCUUACUAUCACCCAGGCCUGCUUCUAACUUGGGAUUAAAUCCUGGUUCUACACUUGAGAAGGUUGGGGCUCAGCAAACCAAAAUGAAAGAAGUAGCAACAACAAAGGUGGGGCUCGAUAGGCCUCAUUCUGCCAAUGAAACUAGACCAAGUAUUGAUUGCUCUGCAAAUAGUAACAGUGCACCAGCUACCAAGGCUCAGGUUGUGGGGUGGCCUCCUAUAAGAUCAUUCAGGAAGAAUUCAUUGGCAACUAAUUCAAAGAACAAUGAAGAAGUUGAUGGAAAAGUCGGGGUUGGUGCAAUGUUCGUCAAAGUAAGUAUGGAUGGGGCUCCUUAUUUAAGGAAAGUAGACUUGAAUAAUUACUCUACAUAUCCAGAAUUGUCUUCUGCUCUAGAGAAGAUGUUCAGCUGUUUCACCAUAAGUCAAUGUGGAUCUCAUGGAAUUCUGGGCAGGGAAAUGCUGAAUGAAACCAAGCUGAAGGAUCUCCUUCAUGGAUCAGAAUACGUUCUUACAUAUGAAGACAAAGAUGGCGAUUGGAUGCUUGUGGGUGAUGUUCCCUGGGAGAUGUUUAUCGAAACAUGCAAGAGGCUGAGGAUCAUGAAGAGUUCUGAUGCCAUUGGUCUAGCUCCCAGGGCUGUUGAAAAAAAUUUUGUCAAGACAUAUUGGAUAUGGUUGUCGGGGAGGGGUGGGGGUGUAGAAGCCAAGCAUGUGAAUCUCUGA